AUGGACAACGCCAGCGUACAACAUACGCAGAUCCAAGAGCACACCGAGGGCACCACUUUUGAGGCUAUUCAUCCCAAUCGCAACCACCUAAACCGCGACGACGCCAGUAUAAGGACUGCUUCCGUCACCGACAGCACUGCGCGCAACUCGGCGAACAAUGAAAAGGGUUUCAGCAAUGUCACGGGUGGAGUCAACAUUCAACGUGCCGAGGCCGACUUUGCGGAACUCUCAAAGGAACUCUCGCGUACCAGCAACAUCUCGCGCCGAUUGAGUCGCGUACAGAGCAAGCAGAGUCGCAAAGACCAGGCCAUCACAGACGUAGAGAAGGCUACUGUUGAAGGCUCAGACUCGUCCGAUGAGCCCUUCGAUCUCGAGGCAACCCUACGCGGUGGUAAAGAUGAGGAAGAGGCAGCGGGCAUCAAGUCGAAGCGCAUUGGCGUUGUGUGGGACGGUCUCACCGUCAGCGGAAUUGGUGGUGUGAAGAACUAUGUCAAGACCUUCCCCGACGCGUUCGUAUCUUUUUUCAACGUCUUCGAAACCGCUGCCAGCAUUCUCGGCCUUGGCAAGAAGGGCAAGGAGUUCGACAUUCUGAAGGACUUCAAGGGUGUCGUCAAGCCUGGUGAGAUGGUGCUCGUGCUGGGAAAGCCCGGCAGUGGUUGUACCACGUUCCUCAAGGUCAUCAGCAACCAGCGAUACGGAUACACCAAGGUCGACGGAAACGUUCUGUACGGUCCAUUCGACGCCGACUUCUUCGAGAAGAGAUACAGAGGAGAGGCAGUCUACUGUGAGGAGGACGAGAACCACCACCCCACGCUCACAGUCGGACAAACACUCGACUUCGCGCUCGAGACCAAGGUCCCGGGAAAGCGCCCUGCCGGACUCUCAAGACAAGAUUUCAAGGAGAAGGUCAUCGACCUCAUGCUCAAGAUGUUCAAUAUUGAACACACCCGCAACACCAUCGUCGGCAACCCCUUCGUCCGAGGUGUCAGUGGAGGAGAGAGGAAGCGAGUCUCCAUCGCCGAAACCAUGAUUACUGGUGCUUCCCUGAUGAGCUGGGACAACUCGACAAGAGGAUUAGAUGCUUCGACUGCUGUCGAUUAUGCCCGUUCGCUUAGAGUGCUAACGAACAUCUACAAGACGACAACCUUCGUGUCUCUCUACCAGGCUUCCGAGAACAUCUACAAGUGCUUCGACAAGGUCAUGGUCAUCGACAGCGGUCGACAAGUUUACUUUGGACCUGCUCAGGAAGCCCGCGCCUACUUUGAGGGUCUCGGGUUCAAGGAGAAGCCCCGCCAAACCACCCCUGACUAUCUCACUGGUUGCACCGAUCCUUUCGAGCGCGAGUUCAAGCCCGGUAUGAGUGAAAAGGACGUUCCUUCAACACCCGAAGCCCUCGCCGAAGCUUUCAAUCGAUCCGAAUCUGCGGCUAGGCUCGAUGCUGAGAUGGUAGCAUACAAGGCCCAGAUGGAUCAGGAGAAGCAUGUCUAUGACGACUUCCAGUUGGCUGUCAAGGAGUCCAAACGCCACGCACCGCAGAAGUCUGUCUACUCGAUUCCGUUUUAUCUCCAGGUCUGGGCUUUGGCGAAGCGUCAGUUCUUGCUCAAAUGGCAGGACAAGUUUGCCCUCGUUGUUUCUUGGAUCACCUCUAUUUCUAUCGCUAUCAUUACUGGUACCGUCUGGCUCAACCUCCCUGACACCUCUGAAGGCGCCUUCACUCGUGGCGGUGUUCUCUUCAUUGCUCUCCUCUUCAACGCUUUCCAGGCUUUCUCCGAAUUGGCAUCCACCAUGUUAGGCAGACCGAUCAUCAACAAACAUCGCGCUUUCACUUUCCAUCGACCAUCAGCCCUUUGGAUAGCCCAGAUUGGAGUCGAUCUCUUGUUUGCAUCUGUGCAGAUUCUGGUCUUCUCCAUCAUCGUGUACUUCAUGACGAACCUGGUGCGCGACGCUGGAGCCUUUUUCACAUUCGCUCUGGUCAUCAUCACUGGUUACCUUGCCAUGACAUUGUUCUUCCGAACAGUGGGAUGUCUCUGCCCCGAUUUCGACGUCGCGAUCCGUCUGGCUGCUACGAUCAUAACAUUGUUCGUACUCACCUCUGGCUAUCUCAUUCAAUGGCAGUCCGAACAAGUCUGGCUCCGAUGGAUUUUCUACAUCAAUGCCCUGGGACUGGGUUUCUCCGCGCUGAUGAUGAACGAGUUCAGUCGUCUUGACUUGACCUGUGCCGGCAGCUCUUUGAUUCCUGCUGGGCCUGGGUACGAUGACCUCAACGCCCAGGUUUGUACUCUACCUGGCAGUGAGGCUGGUAACCCCAUCGUUUCUGGCACCAACUACAUCAAGACCAACUUCCAAUGGGAUCCUUCAGACCUCUGGAUGCACUACGGUAUCAUGGUUGCUCUCAUUGUCGGAUUCCUUCUCGCCAACGCCUUCCUCGGCGAAUUCGUCAAGUGGGGUGCUGGUGGCCGUACAGUCACCUUCUUCGUGAAAGAGAACAAGGAACUCAAGGAGCUAAACGCCAAGUUGCAAGAGAAGCGUGACAAGCGUAACCGCAAGGAAGACAGCAGCGACCAGAACUCGGAUCUUAACAUUGCCUCCAAAGCUGUCCUCACAUGGGAAGACCUUUGCUACGACGUACCUGUCCCCAGCGGAGAGCUCCGCCUGCUCAACAACAUUUACGGAUACGUCAAGCCCGGACAGCUGACAGCGCUCAUGGGUGCCUCGGGUGCUGGAAAGACCACACUUCUCGAUGUGCUGGCCAACCGCAAGAACAUUGGUGUUAUUAGUGGUGACAAGCUAGUCGAUGGUAAGGUUCCUGGUAUCGCGUUCCAGCGUGGAACUGCCUACGCCGAACAACUUGAUGUCCACGAACCUGCUACAACCGUCCGUGAGGCACUCCGCUUCUCCGCCGACCUGCGACAGCCGUAUGAGACACCCCAAGCCGAGAAGUAUGCCUAUGUUGAGGAGGUCAUCGCCUUGUUGGAAAUGGAAGACAUCGCAGACGCCAUCAUUGGAGACCCCGAGAGUGGUCUAGCCGUCGAACAACGCAAGCGUGUUACCAUAGGUGUCGAACUCGCUGCCAAGCCUGAGCUCCUCCUGUUCCUGGACGAGCCUACUUCUGGUCUCGACUCGCAGAGUGCUUUCAACAUCGUCCGUUUCCUUCGCAAACUUGCUGCCGCUGGCCAAGCCAUUCUGUGCACCAUCCAUCAGCCCAACUCUGCUCUUUUCGAAAACUUCGACCGAUUGCUCCUUCUCCAAAGGGGUGGCCAAUGUGUUUACUUCGGUGACAUCGGCAAGGAUGCCCAUGUUCUCCUCGACUACUUCCAUCGCCAUGGUGCUGACUGCCCUCCGGAUGCCAACCCUGCUGAGUGGAUGCUAGAUGCCGUCGGUGCUGGUUCAGCUCCUCGCAUUGGUGACCGCGAUUGGGCUGAUGUAUGGAGGGAUUCUGAGGAAUUCGCUGAAGUCAAGCGCCACAUUGGUCAGGUCAAGGAAGAGCGCAUGGCUGCUGUUGGUUCUGCCGAGCCAGUCGAGCAAAAGGAGUUCGCUACACCGAUGUCUUACCAGAUUAAGCAAGUUGUCAGACGCCAAAACUUGUCUUUCUGGCGCACUCCUAACUACGGCUUCACUCGCCUCUUCAACCACGUCAUCAUCGCUUUGCUCACAGGUCUCAUGUACCUUCAGCUGGACGACUCCCGAGCAUCCCUGCAAUACCGCGUGUUCAUUAUCUUCCAGGUCACGGUUCUGCCAGCCCUCAUUCUCGCUCAAGUUGAACCCAAGUACGCUGUCCAGCGUAUGAUCUCUUUCCGUGAGCAGAUGUCCAAGGCGUACAAGACGUUCCCAUUCGCCUUGUCUAUGGUUCUUGCCGAGAUGCCAUACAGUGUGCUUUGCGCCGUUUUCUUCUUCCUUCCUCUUUACUAUAUCCCGGGCUUGAACUCUGAUAGCUCGCGCGCCGGAUAUCAGUUCCUGAUUGUACUCAUCACUGAGGUCUUCUCCGUCACUCUGGCUCAGGCGAUUGCUGCGUUGACACCAACCCCCUUCAUCGCGUCCUAUGUCAACCCUUUCAUCAUCAUCAUCUUCGCUCUCUUCUGCGGUGUCACCAUCCCCAAGCCCUCAAUCCCCAAAUUCUGGCGUGUAUGGCUCUAUGAGCUGAACCCUUUCACACGCCUCAUCGGCGGCAUGAUUGUUACAGAACUUCAUGACCUCAAAGUCGAAUGUACAUCUGGCGAGUACAACCAGUUCAGCGCCCCACAAGGUCAGGAAUGUGGAACGUACAUGAGCGACUUCUUCUCCAGCGGUGCGCCUGGAUACCUCCUCGACAACGCCACCGACGUCUGCAAUUACUGCGCCUACAAGGUCGGCGACGAGUUCUACCGACCUCUUGGCUACGAGUUCAGCAACAGAUGGAGAGACUUGGGUAUUUUCGCUGCUUUCAUUGCCAGUAACUUGGUAAUUCUUUUCGUCGCCGCGAAGUACCUCAACUUCAACCGCAGAUAA